AUGGCCCCUCCGAAGUUUAUGGGCCUCUCGGGCAGGCCCCUCUCGCUAGCAGUCUCGACUGUUGCGACAACGGGCUUCCUUCUCUUCGGAUAUGACCAAGGUGUCAUGAGCGGCAUCAUUACCGCCCCGGCCUUCAACCAGAUGUUCAAAGAGACCGACGACAACCCCACGAUGCAGGGGUUGGUCACCGCCAUCUACGAGAUCGGCUGCCUGGCGGGUGCCAUGUUCAUUCUCGGUGUGGGCGACCUCCUCGGAAGACGGAGGGCCAUCAUGCUGGGUGCUUUCAUCAUGUUGUUGGGCGUCAUCAUCCAGAUCACUGCCAUGCACUGGGCGUCGCCCCUUGCGCAAUUGAUCGUGGGUCGUGUCGUCAUGGGUGUCGGAAACGGCAUCAACACGUCGACGAUUCCAACCUAUCAAGCCGAGUGCAGCAAAACAUCCAACAGAGGGUUGCUGAUCUGCAUUGAGGGUGGUAUCAUCGCCUUUGGUACUUUGAUCGCUUACUGGAUCGACUACGGAGCUUCCUACGGCCCUGAUGACCUCGUCUGGCGGUUCCCCAUUGCCUUCCAGGUCAUUUUCGCCAUCUUCAUCAUUGUCCCCAUGUUCUUCCUGCCGGAGUCGCCCAGAUGGCUUUUGAGCCACCAGCGUAUCGACGAUGCCGACCGCGUCAUUGCCGCCAUUCGUGGUUACGAGCUGACCAGCGAAGAGACGGUCCUCGAACGCAACCUCAUCAUGGACUCCCUUCGCGCCGCCGGCGGGUUCGGCCAAAAGAGCACCCCAGUCAAGGCUUUGUUCACUGGUGGCAAGACGCAGCACUUCCGGCGUAUGCUCCUGGGCUCCAGUGCACAGUUUAUGCAGCAGAUUGGUGGUUGCAACGCUGUCAUCUACUACUUCCCCAUCCUGUUCGAGGAGUCCAUUGGCGAGGACCACAACAUGAGUUUGCUUCUGGGCGGCGUCAACAUGAUCGUCUACUCCAUCUUCGCCACGACCUCGUGGUUCCUCAUCGAGCGCGUCGGCCGGAGACGCCUGUUUUUGAUCGGCUCCAUCGGACAGUGCCUCAGCAUGGUCAUCACCUUUGCCUGCCUGAUCCCCGACAACACCAUGACGGCCCGGGGCGCCGCCGUCGGCCUCUUCACCUACAUGCCUUCUUCGGCGCCACCUGGCUGCCGCUGCCGUGGCUCUACCCGGCCGAGAACUUCGGCCGAGGGCGGAGGCCGUGACGGUCGCGACCCCGAGGAGAAGCCGGCGAUCAGUGGCGGUUCGUCCAACACCAGCAACGACGCGGUUAUCAACGAGCGUGGUGCGGAUGCUGGCUUGGGUGACGGUAUCAACGCGUCCGGCCGGGCGGACCGGGACUAG